CCUCUCUCUGUUCCGCAGUUUGCCGCUCUCCUCAGCCGCCGCUGUUUUCAGUCGGCAGCCGAGGCAGAGCUCCCAGUGUCCCCGGAGCUGGAGCGCAGGCGAGCCAAGGCACUGGCUGCCCGUCUCAGGGAGUAAUCGGACGCGCGGCUCUGCUCGGCCGACCCAUUCCGGCUGCAAAGAGGUCCGCGGAGGGCUCGUGCGCUCGGCGGCCCCUGCAUGGAGGCGUCGGCCGCUUCUCCCCGGAGCCCCGAGGCGUAGCGCCCUCCUCCUCCGCCGCCUGCAAUCCCACACCGAAGUUUGGGAGGCGCUCGGGAAAGUUUGAGCGCCGCGCUUUACGCACGGCGGUGGCCACCGUCCCCAGCAGGGCGCUCCAGAAGUCGCCCCCCGCAUCAUGGCGAGCAGGCCGGCAGAGCUGGAAGAGGCCGCCCGGCCGGCUCGCCGCUCCUCCGGCGGCACGGCUCCCCCCUUGCGAAGGGGCAGCGUUGGCCAGCGGCCCCUCUGGGUUGUCUACAUGGCGCUUUUCUGGAGGCUUAGCGCCGCCGAUUCGGAGUUUUCCAUUUUGGACGAGGCGCAAGUUUUAGCCACUCAGAUGAGGAAACUGGCCACGGAGGAGCUGGGGGUUGUCACCAUGCAGCGGAUAUUCAAUUCCUUUGUGUACACGGAAAAAAUUUCAAAUGGAGAAAGUGAAGUUCAGCAGCUUGCAAAAAAGAUCCGGGAAAAAUUUAACCGGUACUUGGAUGUGGUUAAUCGGAACAAGCAUGUAGUGGAAGCUUCAUACACUGCUCAUCUGACAUCACCUCUGACUGCAAUUCAAGACUGCUGCACCAUUCCACCGUCUAUGAUGGAGUUUGAUGGAAACUUUAACACUAAUGUGUCUAGAACGAUCAGCUGCGAUAGACUGUCUACCACUGUGAAUAGCCGAGCGUUCAAUCCUGGCCGUGACUUAAACUCUGUACUUGCUGACAAUCUGAAGUCCAACCCAGGAAUUAAAUGGCAGUACUUUAGUUCAGAAGAAGGCAUUUUUACUGUGUUUCCAGCUCACAAAUUUCGAUGUAAGGGCAAUUACGAGCACCGCAGCAGGCCUGUCUACGUCUCUACAGUUAGACCUCAGUCUAAACACAUAGUUGUCAUUGUGGACCACGGGGCUUCCGUUACAGAGACACAGCUCCAAAUUGCUAAGGAUGCAUCUCAAGUUAUUCUCAACUCAAUAGAUGAACAUGAUAAAAUCUCUGUGUUAACCGUGGCAGACACAGUGAGAACCUGUUCCUUGGAUCAGUGCUAUAAGACAUUUCUGUCUCCUGCCACCAGCGAGACAAAAAGGAAAAUGUCCACCUUCGUUAGCAAUAUAAAGUCAUCUGACAGCCCUACCCAGCAUGCGGCAGGAUUUCAAAAAGCGUUUCAGCUGAUACGAAAUACAAACAAUAGCACAAAACUCCAAGCAAAUACAGAUAUGGUCAUAAUUUACUUGUCGGCUGGAAUAACGUCUAGGGAUUCAUCAGAAGAUGGUAAAAAGACCACACUUCGUGUCAUCAAUGAAGAAAAUGGUUUUCUUAACAACUCUGUAAUGAUCCUCACCUAUGCUCUCAUGAAUGAGGGAGUGACAGGUUUAAAAGAAUUAGCAUUUCUCCGAGAUCUGGCAGAACAAAACUCGGCAAAAUAUGGAGUACCUGAUCGAACUGCUUUACCCGUGAUAAAAGGGAGCAUGAUGGUUCUGAACCAGCUGAGCAAUUUGGAAACCACAGUUGGCCGGUUUUAUACAAAUCUCCCAAACCACAUGGUUGAUGAAGCAGUGUUCAGUUUGCCCUUUUCAGAUGAAAUGGGAGAUGGUCUGAUAAUGACUGUAAGCAAACCUUGCUAUUUUGGAAACCUGCUACUAGGAAUUGUUGGAGUAGAUGUUAAUCUUGCCUAUAUUUUGGAAGAUGUCACUUAUUACCAAGAUUCUUUGGCUUCCUACACAUUCCUAAUAGAUAAUAAAGGCUAUACCCUUAUGCACCCCUCCCUUACCAGACCCUACUUGCUUUCUGAACCACCGCUUCACACAGAUAUAAUACAUUAUGAGAAUAUUCCAAAAUUUGAGUUAGUUCGACAGAACAUCCUUAGCCUCCCUCUAGGCAGUCAGCUUAUUACUGUCCCGGUGAACUCCUCACUGUCUUGGCAUGUAAACAAACUGCGAGAAAUUGGGAAGGAAGCCUACAAUGUGAGCUAUGCUUGGAAGAUGGUUCAAGAUACAUCAUUCAUUUUGUGUAUUGUUGUGAUACAGCCAGAAAUACCUGUUAGACAACUUAAAAAUCUCAACACCGUACCCAGUAGCAAGCUGCUUUACCAUCGACUAGAUCUCUUGGGCCAGCCCAAUGCUUGCCUGCAUUUCAAACAACUUGCAACCUUAGAAAGCCCUACGGUAAUGCUGUCUGCUGGUAGCUUCUCUUCUCCAUACGAGCAUCUGAGCCAGCCUGAGACUAAGAGGAUGGUGGAGCACUACACGGCAUAUCUUAGCGAUAACACACGCCUCAUUGCCAACCCGGGUCUGAAAUUCUCUGUCAGAAAUGAAGUAAUGGCUACCAGUCACGUCACAGAUGAAUGGAUGACACAAAUGGAAAUGAGUAGCUUGAACAGUUACAUUGUCCGCCGUUACAUAGCAACGCCCAAUGGGGUGCUCAGAAUUUAUCCUGGUUCCCUCAUGGACAAAGCAUUUGAUCCCACUAGGAGACAAUGGUACCUCCAUGCUGUGGCAAAUCCGGGAUUAAUUACUUUCACUGGGCCCUACUUAGAUGUUGGAGGAGCUGGUUAUGUGGUUACCAUCAGUCAUACGGUUCAUUCUUCAAGUUCACAAAAGUCUUCAGGCCAUUCGGUUGCUGUGAUGGGCAUUGAUUUCACUCUGAGGUAUUUCUACAAGGUUCUAAUGGACCUCCUGCCCGUUUGUAACCAAGAUGAAGGGAAUAAAAUAAGGUGCUUUAUUAUGGAGGACAGAGGAUAUCUUGUGGCACACCCUACUCUUAUUGACCCCAAAGGCCAUGCUCCAGUAGAACAACAACACAUUACACACAAGGAACCUCUGGUGGCAAAUGAUAUUCUAAACCAUCCAAACUUUGUGAAGAAAAACCUUUGUAACAGUUUCAGUGACAGAACAGUCCAGAGGUUUUAUAAAUUUAAUACCAGCCUGACGGGUGAUCUGACAAAUCUCGUGCAUGGCAGCCACUGUUCCAAAUACAGGCUGACAAGGAUACCUGGAACCAAUGCCUUUGUUGGAAUUGUAAAUGAAACAUGUGACUCGCUCGCCUUCUGUGCAUGCAGUAUGGUAGAUAGGCUCUGUCUGAACUGUCACAGAAUGGAGCAGAACGAAUGCGAAUGUCCUUGCGAGUGCCCCCUAGAGGUUAAUGAGUGUACUGGCAACCUUACCAACGCAGAAAGCAGAAAUCCUAGUUGUGAAGUCCAUCAAGAACCUAUGACAUUUAUUGCAGUUGAUCCCAGUCUACAAGAUGCUCUUCCUCAAUGUAUUAAUACACGGUGCAAUCAAAGGAUGGAGAGCAGGGAUUGCUUUGGUGUCUUGGAUUGUGAGUGGUGCAUGGUAGACAGCGAUGGAAAGACCCAUUUAGAUAGAUCCUACUGCGCUCCUCAGAAGGAAUGCUUUGGUGGAAUUGUGGGUGCCAAAAGCCCUUACGUGGAUGACAUGGGAGCCAUUGGAGAUGAGGUGAUAGCUUUAAAUAUGAUUAAAAGUGCUCCAGUUGGUCCUGUUGCUGGAGGUAUUAUGGGAUGCAUAAUGGUGCUAGUUCUGGCAGUCUAUGCCUAUCGUCAUCAGAUUCACCGCAGAAGCCACCAGCACAUGUCCCCACUUGCAGCACAAGAAAUGUCAGUCCGCAUGUCCAACCUGGAGAAUGAGAGGGACGAGAGGGAUGAUGACAGUCACGAAGACAGAGGAAUCAUCAGCAACACCCGGUUUAUAGCAGCAGUUAUUGAGCGCCAUGCGCACAGCCCAGAACGUAGACGCCGCUACUGGGGACGCUCAGGAACAGAAAGCGAUCAUGGCUACAGUACUAUGAGUCCUCAGGAAGACAGCGAAAACCCUCCCUGCAAUAACGACCCAUUGUCAGCUGGUGUAGACGUGGGCAAUCAUGAUGAAGAUUUAGACCUGGAUACCCCUCCUCAGACUGCUGCCCUCUUGAGUCACAAGUUCCACCACUACAGGUUGCAUCACCCAGCACUUCAUCACAGUCACCACUUACAGGCUGCGGUCACAGUACAUACUGUAGAUGCGGAAUGCUAAUGACCUCUGGCCUUGGGAGGGGAAAAAAUGCAGCUGAGAGGAGACUUGACGUUUAUACCGUUACGAGGCAUGGUUUUGACUAACCUCAUUGGACUCGUUUCACAUGAAAACUUUACAUUUCCAAAAUGUAAGGUUGGCUCUGAAGUGGAAGAGAAAUUAGCAUGAUGAAUGAACCUGCCAUAACAUUCAAUAAAAUGGAAUAGUAGGAAUGUUCGGCCUCCAAACACAGGAAGGAAGGUUUAUACAGUAAACGGAGCCUUUUGAACCCUGUUGGUCUGAGCCAAGAAAAGAGUGUGCUCAGACAAAGGAGAGAGAGAAAGAGAGAGAGAGUUUAUUUCCUUAACUGGAAGAACAGAAAUCUUUGCAGCCAGAAACAAAGAAAGUGCCAGUUCCAGAAAUAGACAUUGCCACGAGGUUUCCAUUUGUUGAGAGGCUUUUUUGUGGGUUGUUGGUUUUUUUUUAAAGGAAAAAAAAACGUUCCUUUCACUUACAAAUUGCUGUAUGGGACCUGGGACAGUGCAUCUCAAGAUUUUUUAAAUAAAGGAUUAUUUUUGUACUAUUUAUUGAACUCAAAACAUUCAUGAACUCUGAGGGAGAGGAAGAUAAAAAACAAAAGCAUCAGAUGCUCUCCAUGAAUGCAGUCUAUGUUUUAUUUGUGUUGGUGAAGUUGUGGUUCUUUUCAAGAAGACUUGCCACCCCUUUGAAUGGGAUAUUCUCCUCCCCCACCACCAUGCUAUAAAGGGAAAAUGAAGAAAUUGUGAGCUGAUUUGUUUACAUGAUUGAGGUUUGGUUUCCAUGGUCAUUUUGUACACUUUGAAGAUGGUUUAUAACACAGUAUUUUUAUAUAUAAAUAUAUAUUUUAACGUGGGGAGAAGGGAUAUCAAGCCUCCUGGCUAAAGCACUGAGGAAUCCUCUCCCCACACUCCUUCCUGUUCAUUCUCAGACCUGGGCAGGAUUUGCUUCCAUGUGCAGUGAUAAUGCAGUGUUUAAACACUAUUCGUAACUGGUGAAAUAGAAAACAAUAAUGGGUUGAAUUCACUUGGUGACCUUAUGUUUGUGGAAGGGAUGGUGAUUCAGUGGACACCUCUGGUUGGAGAAGGAAGAGGAGAAGCAAUUUCUGCUAAUCCCCCUCUCUCCCCCCCCCGCCCUAGUGACCCCUGAAAUUAGCUCUGGUGUGUUGGGGAACCCUCUAGAACAGGGUAUAGGAUGGUGUUAUAGGGACAUGGGUGCUGCUGUGGUCUAAACCACUGAGCCUCUUGGGCAUGCCGAUUAGAAGGUCGCCGGUUUGAAUCCCCGUGACAGGAUGAGGUCCCGUUGCUCUGUUCCAGCUCCUGCCAACUUAGCAGUUCGAAAGCAUGCCAGUGCAAGUAGAUAAAUAGGUACCGCUGCCACAGGAAGGUAAACGGCGUUUCUGUGAGCUCCUGCUUCGUCACGGUGUUCCAUUGCGCCAGAAGUGGUUUAGUCAUGCUGGCCACGUGACCCGGAAAGCUGUCUGUGGACAAACGCUGGCUCCCUUGGUCUGAAGUGAGAUGAGUGCCGCAACCCCAUAGUCGCCUUUAACUGGACUUAACCACCCAGGGGUCCUUUACCUUUACCUAUAAGAUAGUGUAAGGAUGAUUUGGUGGUGGUGGGCUUCUGUUGUGGCAGAUGUCAGCUGGAUCAAAAGCCCUUCCCUGAGUGUAAGGGCACCAGUUGGUUUCCACCCCAAUGGUCUGUUGUUUCUGACCCUUUUCACAUUCACUAAAUGGAUAGGUCAACCCAUGGAGAGGUAGAUGGGAAGAUUUGUAAAGUUUUGGGCCAUUGUGAAAGGUUUAUUUUGGAACCCUAAUGAUGAGCCCCUUGUCACCUUUAUCUGGAAUUAAUACUGCUUUAGUGAUUAGCAUCAUCUGCUGGGUGCCACAUGGGCCAUCAUAAUUUUCAAUUAGUUUUAAAUCACAGCAUUUUGUUCAUUGUGAUUCAAAUAUUAUGAAAACAUUCUUGCACUGUGCUUAUGAUAAACAUCCAUUUAUAUGUAGGGUUUUGGUUUGGUUUUUUACAAGAUCUCUAGAUAUUGUUUUAAUGAUAGGGUACCUAAUACUUAAUAUGUAAAAAGUGGUUCUUAAGCAGUAUGGUAAAGUAAGGAUGCUUGUGCUACCAGGAUCCCCUUUAUACUAUGUAUAAAAUUACAACCUCUAGUGGAAUAAACUGUAUAUAAAGUA